UGUCAGUUUAAAUUUUACAAAAUUCUUUCUAAAAAAAUAUUUUAUUUACCAAACUAAUUUUAUAAUAAAGAAGAAUAUUUUCUGUCAAAUCUAAAAUGAUUUCAACCAUAAUAAUGACUUUUGGUCCUAUUAUAAUAGGUUCAAUUUUUCCACUUUUUGUACAAUCUGAAAUGCGCAUUAAAAAUGACCAUCCUCAUAAAGUUUCAUGUUAUUAUUAUCCAUCGUCUCACGAUGCUUUAAAAUCUGACGUCGUUCCAAUUGUGGAGGAACGAUCUUCAUUAGGCGAUGAAGUAAGUAAAUUAAAAUUUAAUUUGAAUAACAAGGAAGUGAAGAUUUCCUUAAAAACAAGUGAAGGAUUUUUAAUUCAUAAAAAUACACGAGUUUGGACAGCAAAAAAAGAAAAGAAACAAGCAACAAAAGUAUUAUAUACACUUCAUAAAGAUGCAUUCAAUGGUAUUGAAACUUAUACAGAUGAAGAUUCAAAAGCAUCAUUUUCAGUGCUGACAGAUAAAGAGGGAUUCAGACAUUAUAGUGGUAUUGUUAAUUAUCAAUACGGUUUUCAAUCUGCACCAAAAAAUUCUCGAAAGCGUCGUCAUACUAAUGAUCAUAAUGCAACAAUAUCAACUGUGGAACAUAUUAUUUACAAUCUACCAAACUCUGAAAGUUCAACAUCCCGUUUUGCUGAUUCAUAUUCCAAACCCUACAUUGUGGACAAGACUUAUUUUUGGGAUAAGGAUGCGGAGAAAAUACCUCUACCUGAAACGGUGUAUCCGGAAAUUUUAGUUAUUAUGGAUUACAAACUUUUUAAACAUUACAAGGGAAAUUUAACAGCAGCUUUGAGUUACAUUGUUACAUUUUGGAAUGCAGUUGAUUUGAAAUAUCGAGAUUUAUCAGAACCAAAGGUGCGACUUCACAUUUCGGGUGUUAUUAUAGAAGAGGAAAAUGGAGUAAUUGUACCUAAAUCAAUGCCACGAAAUAAUAAAAAUAGAUAUUCAGGAAAAAUUGAUGGAAAUUUAGUUUUAAAGGAAAUGGGAGUGCAUUUACAAAUGGAAAGUAAUUUAACAGUUGGAAAGGAUUUCGACUUAGCACUUUUAAUGACAGGCAAUGAUCUUACUUACGAUAUAAAUGAGCCGAGGGAAAAAAGACGUGCUUUGUAUGGAUUAAUAGGUUUGGCGAAUCUCGGUUCAGCAUGCAAAGUUGCAGGUAAUAGAUUCCUAGGUGUUGGCUUAUUUGAAGACACAAAUGGUUACAUUGGAGUUAUACAUGCUGCACAUGAAUUGGCACAUAUAUUAGGAGCCUUUCACGAUGGUGAUAGAGCAAUUCAAAGUGUUGAUGAAUCAAACAUAUGUAUACCAAAAGAAGAAGAUGACUAUAUUAUGUCUACAUUAAGAAUUGAUGGAAAGCAAUUUUCAGUUUGUAGUAAAAAAUUAAUGCAUACUUUUUUUGAACAUGUUGACUCUCAGUGUCUUCGUAAUUCUCCUAAUGAUUCGAAUAGUGAAUUUUUAAUUGUAAAUUUACCUGGUAAAGCAAUAUCACUGGACGAACAAUGUCGAAGUGCAGGAUUUGUUAAAGCUUACAAUACUGAUGAUAGGGUUUGUGAUACAUUGUAUUGCAUUGGAGAAGAUUUUAAUGGUGAUUUAAAAAAUGCUACACACAUACCUGCUGUUGAAGGUUCAUUUUGUGGUGAAGGACAUCAUUGUAUAAAUGGAACAUGUGUUAGUUCUGUACAAGAAAGAAAAACAGAAAAAGAUAGCUAUUUCAUUAUUGAUAAGCAGGAAAGCAUAACGGAAAAACCAGAAGAUAACCAAUAUGCUAAUUUUGUACCGGAAAGAAAGACGGAAAAACUAGAAGAUGGAUAUUUUAUUUUUAAUAAUAUAGAUAGACGCAUCUACAUUGGAUAAAAAUAUUAAUAUUUAACAGAUAUCAUAAUUUAAGCCUAACGAUAUAAAAUUUAGAAACUAAUAUUGUUAAAGAAAUAUAACUGUUUUAUUUAAUUUUAAUAAGGUAUAAUUAUGUUGUUUAAUUGAAUUAUAAAGUGUUAAUUUUUAUUUGUAAUAAAAAAAAAUGUUACUGUUUUUAA